AUGAGUAGGAGAUUCUUUGCAAAAGUAAUGAAAAAUGACAAGAUAUUUACCCUAAUACAUGCAAAAAUUACACCAGGACAAGCUAAAAAUAAAAUUACAAAUAUAGAGUAUAUUACAGAUACUUCAGAAGACACAGAUUUGCCUGAGAGAUAGCUGCAUUUUUAGUUAAUGAUUUCAGAAGAACCCACAAACAAUAAAGCCAAUAAAGAACUUAUCAAAUAUCUUGCAGAUGAUAUAUUUGAUAUUGAUUAAGCAGAUAUCAAAGUUUUGAGGGGAAAGGAAUCUAGAAAUAAGAUAAUAAGAGUAGAUGGACUAACACAGCUUUAAGCGUUUGAAAAAGUAGAAUAAUUUUGCUACAUUUAUAAUUCAGAUAUUAAAGAUUAUUGA